UGAAAGUUCUAAAAAGAAAACAGUAAACAAAUUCCAGACAUAAACACCUUCCGAGUCGCGGAGAGCAAAAGCGGCCGACGACAACAGCAGCGGCGGCGGGGAAGAUGAAGUGCAUAUCUUGCCAGGAGGACUACGACGCACGUGACGCCGGCACGUGCAAGGAGUGCUACAUGGAGGCCAACGAAACCGAGGAGGAGCUCAAGCGCGAGAUCGACGACCUCAAGUCCAAGGUCGCCUUCCUCAAGUUCUCCCCUCGCUCCCUCCACCCCAUUCCCUUCUCCGACGUCGUUCUUCUUGCCUCCGAUGACCCCUCCUCCUCCUCCUCCUCUGGCCCCUCCGUCCCCGCCCACAAGGCCGUUCUGGCGAGUCGUUCUCCGGUGUUCAGAGCAAUGCUGGAGAACGAGAUGGAGGAAAGCCUGAGCGGCACAAUCAAGAUCGGAGAAGUCUCCUACGACGCCCUCCGUGCCUUUGUCAACUACCUCUACACAGCCGAGGCAUGUCUAGACGAGGAAAUGGCCUGUCACCUGCUGAUACUGGCGGAGAAGUACCAGGUGCAGCAUCUGAAAGACUACUGCCAGAUGUACUUGGUGUCCAAGCUCAACUGGGACAACUCCAUUGUGAGUUACACCUUUGCGCACCAGCACAAUGCCAAGCGCAUUGUUGAUGCAGCACUGGCGCUGAUCACGGAAAACAUGGACAAGCUUACUACGCGGGAGGAGUACAUGGAGCUGGUGCAGAAGGAUCCGCGGCUGGUGGUUCAAGUGUAUGAGGCUUAUCUGUCGAAACAGAUUAACACUGCGGCUCAGAAGGAUUCUGCUGGACGAGCAGGCCUUGAAGUCAAGCCUCCCAAUGGAGAUCAUGUACUUUACUAAAAAUAGUGUGCAGAAUGUUCUGUGAGGAAUGCCUUAUGCUUUGUUAUGACUUACAAUAUCAUCUUAUCAGAGUUCAUAUAUGCACAUCUGAGUAUUUGCCUGCCUAA